GGGAGAGCGGAUAUAGUGAAUGCGGGGUCCGGGGAGAGCGGGGGGAGAGCGUAUAGUGAAUGCAGGGUCCGGGGAGAGCGGAUAUAGUGAAUGCGGGGUUCGGGGAGAGCAGAUAUAGUGAAUGCAGGGUCCGGGGAGAGCGGAUAUAGUGAAUGCAGGGUCCGGGGAGAGCGGAUAUAGUGAAUGCAGGGUCCGGGGAGACCGGGAUAUAGUGGAUGCAGGGUCCGGGGAGAGCGGAUAUAGUGAAUGCGGGGUCCGGGGAGAGCGGGAUAUAGUGAAUGCAGGGUCUGGGGAGAGCGGAUAUAGUGAAUGCAGGGUCUGGGGAGAGCGGAUAUAGUGAAUGCAUGGUCCGGGGAGAGCGGAUAUAGUGAAUGCAGUGUUCUUGGCCGGAUACGUAUGAAGUGUGAGUCAUUGGA